AUGAACACAAAUGAAGCACUUAGCAGAAAGCGGCUCGAAAACGUGGAGAGAAAGCUGUCAAGAGAUAAGAAACUGAAAGGAGAGUAUGGUGGCAUUAUUGAAGAGCAACUCAGAACUGGGUUAAUCGAGGAAGCACUUCAGAUUCCGUCUGAAAAACGUGUAUUCUACAUGCCUCACAAGCUAAUUGUAAAGCAGAGUGCAGUUACAACUAAGGUUCGCAUGGUGUUUGACGCAACCGAUUCUUUGGGACAUAAUGGUAAGAGUGCGAAUGUCCGCAAGUCUGCUCUUGGAGACAUAGAAAAGACGUUUCUUCAGAUUGGUGUGAAGGAGGAGGAUAGAGAUGCAGUCAGGUUCUUGUUCAACAUUAAAGGAAUAGAGAAACAUUUAAGAUUUACACGUGUACCUUUCGGGGUUGAAGCAAGCCCUUUCCUACUGGGAGCAACUCUGCAGCAUGACUUUGAACAACAAGGGUCAGAAUUUGAAGAGGCAGUAAGAGCACUUAAGGAGAACACUUAUGUUGACAAUCUCAUGCAAACGGGAGGAAAUGUAGAGAAACUCGUGCAGUUCAAAGAAGAGAGUAGUGCCAUACUUGAGUCUGUCAGGUUUCGGGUGCACAAGUGGGAAUCUAAUGUGAAGGUUCUUGAAAGUGAAGGCAUACCAAACCCAAGCAAGAUCCUUGGACAUGUAUGGAAUAAGGAUGAUGACACACUGGAGCUGCUUGCAAAGCCUUUUCGACUAAAACAUCCAGUGACCAAGCCCACUAUACUCAGUUACCUGGGAACUGUCUAUGACCCACUCGGGAUAAUCUCACCCACCAUGGCUGAGGGAAAGCAUAUUUAUCGAGAAGCCUGCGAUGAGAAGAAAGGCUGGAAUGCAGAAGUUUCCCCCAGAUUGAAGAAGCAAUGGUUAAGGUGGACGAAGCAACUUAAGGAUGUAAGGGUGCCUAGAAGUAUUGCUUUAUUUGUCGGAGAGAUAGGAGCAGUCCAUUUACAUCUUUUCACAGAUGCCAGUAUCCUAGCAUGCUGCGCAGCAGCUGUUGCGGUGGUAGAACAUGAGGCAGGCGUGACCAAAGGACUUCUGACCUCAAAGUCGUGGAUUUCAAAGAGAAGUACAUCAAUAGCAAGACUAGAGCUCGUGAGUGACCACAUGGCAGUAAACAUGGCGAAGAACCUCAGCACGGCUCUCCAGCGUUGGCCCAUCCAAACCAUCAACAUUUGGAUGGACAGCAUGGUAGCACUAUAUUGGAUAACUAAUCCCGGGAGAGGAUGGAAGGUGUUUGUGUCAAACAGAGUAAAGAAGAUAGCAGAAACUGCGGGUCCAAUCAACAUCACUUGGAAGUACUGCCCAUCAGAGUUGAAUCUAGGUGACCUCGGGAGUAGAGGGGCAACCAUUGUGAAGAUGGAGAGAGGAAACUGGUUUGCUGGUCCGGAUUGGCUCUUGGACAAAAGCUCCAGAGCGGUUCAUUUGAAAGUUGCAAGAACCCAAACGGCAGAUGAAUUCAAGAGGAAGCUGAAUGCCUUUAUCUCGCGACGAACAAGACCUCGUAUCAUCGUCUCGGAUAAUGCCAAAACUUUUAAGGCCACAGCAGAUUGGAUCAAGACGGUGCGGAGAAGUGAGAAGUUGCAGAAUUAUUUAGCACGUGAGAACAUUCGCUGGCAGUUCAAUCUUGCAAAGUCACCCUGGUGGGGAGGAAUCUAUGAGAGAUUGAUUAAGGAGAUAAAGAAGACCUUGCAUGAGACUUGA